AUGUCACAGGACAACAUUUGUCACUGUCAGCUUCCCCAACUUCAGAGUUCGACCAAUGCCGCCACAGUCCUGAAGCACAAGAGGACCCUGGAGGACAACCUCAUCGGCCAAAAACUCGAUGUUGGGAACAUGGUGGUUCUCAGGUUCACCAAGCCAGAGUCGCAAAGGAAUGAUUCCAGAAAGCCAUCCCAAGCUUGCAUUGCAGCGCACAGUGCCAACUUCAAGGUAAGCAGCUUUUGCGAGUCGGACCCCAUCCGGUCAUCUACGAUUGGACCAGCUCCACUCAUCAAGACUUCCCAAAUGCUCGGCUAUGAUAUGGAGGAUGGCAGCAUGAGCGCUGGCUUGAGAACCGAGCAGAAAGGGUUGCCGAUCCAUGUGGAAAUUUUGAAGUCCUACGCAAAUGGCCUUGGCUUGCGCGAUGCUGACCACUAUCUGUGGGUUGACAUCAUCCCCAACAGGCACUGUGAGUUUGCUCGUGCUGCGGCGGAGUGCAUUUUGGACAAGACCCUCCCACAGCUUCGUUACAUAGGCUUUGUGAAGAAGGAGUUCUUAGCUAAAGUGCAGGAGGCAAUCUCGGCUACUGUGUAUCAACACUGGGAUGAUAGCACGGAGUCGGGACCAAAGACCCGCCCACAGGAAGCUGAGAGCAGUGAGCCACUUGGGUUCAAGGUUCUCAGCAUGUCCGCUAAUGGUGACAUCACGUGGCCAGACUCCGUGACAACACGAUUCCCUCCAGACACCUCUGAGUUCAAGGCUCUUGACGCCAAGCGCCAGAAGUUCUUGGAGCUAUGUCCUGCGCACGGCACACCAGCCCAAGCAAGUGUUUCAAGGUCAUCUGCGAGACCAGACUACAGCAUUGACAAUGGUGCGGAGCCUUUGGAUACAACCCGCUUGUUGGACUUGCCCGGCGUGCCAACUGCUGAGUUUACAGCCCAGAGGCAAGGUCGUUGA